AUGAAUGUCUGUAUAUUGCGCUUUAAGACGCUGCCCCUGCGUAUUUUACCUUUUUCUUUCUGAGUGGUCAGUGGCACACUGGUGCUUCUUGCCCCUGCGUUGGACGGGCACGCGCGCGCGUGCGUAUGAGCUGGUCGGGGUGCGCAAUUUACAGGCAGAGUGAUUUAGAUUCUCUUAAGCAAGCUGAAGUAGCAGUUGCAUUCUUUUGUCGCUUCUCUUCUUGGCUGCCUCAUGGGGCCGCAGUGUGGCUUCUUACCACGGGGAGAGCUGCGCCCGGUGAGUACCCUGAGGUCUUCAGUGUCCGGAGUUCUGCUCUCAGCUAACUCGAGUGGCGCCUCCGCUUUUUAACUCCAAUUGAGAAGAGUACGGAGCCGACAACUCGAUCAUCCGUUUUUGCACAAGAUCGCAGGGGUUUGUGGAUCAUGGUACCGAUAAGGCUCUACUCCUCUUCAGUCCCGAUCAUUAAUAAUUCAUCUUUGAGCGUCUAGAUGUGUAAGGAAGACUAGAAAGUGUUCCCAUCUUAACACUGCGGAGAGGACCAGUGGCGACUGCAAAGCGGACGUCCCGGACCCGGAGGAGACGGACUUGGCUUGUCACUCGGCGUGUUCUUCAUUAUGCGUCUGCAAAAGUCUCUACUGGCUGUUCUCGCCCUAACGGCUGGCUUGGCUAGCUACGUGCAGCUGGUGAGGGCGCAAAAUGACACUGAGCCUAUAGUGCUGGAGGGGAAGUGCCUGGUGGUCUGUGACUCGAACCCCGCGACUGACACAAAGGGGUCGUCAUCUCCCCUCGGAAUUUCCGUGCGAGCAGCUAAUUCCAAAGUGGCCUUCUCCGCGGUUCGGAGCACGAACCACGAACCAUCGGAGAUGAGCAACAAGACGCGAAUCAUCUACUUCGACCAGAUUCUUGUUAAUGUAGGCAACUAUUUCACUCUUGAGUCUGUUUUUGUAUCACCGAGGAAAGGAAUAUACAGUUUUAACUUUCAUGUCAUUAAAGUUUAUCAGAGCCAAACCAUCCAGGUGAACCUGAUGCUUAAUGGAAGACCAGUGAUUUCUGCAUUUGCUGGAGAUAAGGAUGUGACCCGUGAGGCUGCCACUAAUGGAGUCUUGUUAUUCCUUGAAAAAGAGGACAAGGUCUAUUUGAAAUUGGAGAAAGGAAACCUAGUGGGAGGCUGGCAAUACUCAACAUUCUCUGGCUUUCUAGUUUUCCCUUUGUAAAGCUGGAAUGUUUCCUGUGCGAUCCAUUAUCAUGCUCCAGUUGCCAUUCCAGCUCUGUAAACAACUUGAAACUUCAAAGUGUUGUCAUCCUUGUGGAUAAAUCUCAGUUCCAAAAUAUAGCUUUAUGCUCUGGCCUGAGAGAGAGAGAAAUGAUAUCAAUCUUUGUUUUCGCUAACUUCUUUAUUGGGAAAUUGAUUCUAGACAAGUCCAAGUUGUCACUCAUCCCAAAGUUACUGAGCUUUCAUCUUGUCCAGAUUGCCUCGAUCAACCAAAUAAUUCCAGAGCUCAUAUUCUUGUUUCAUCGGUGCCCUCAGGCAAACCCUUAGAGUGCUCUGACUCCAUAAUCAAUGUCGAAAGCAUUUCAACUUGAAAGUGCAGUGAAAAAUAUAUGGACUUCUGGAGUUAACAUUAUAUUAAUUUUUAGUUUGCUGUCAUUUUGUUCAGAUUCCAUACUUUGUCAGUCCAUGUCAGAAGAUUGAACUCCAUAACCUGUAAAGGAAGGCCACAUCAGAAGGUACCCCUGAUGACACAGGUUGUCAUGGAUUUCUUUCUAACAUUGGUCAUGUCCACAAUUUGUGGAAUUUGUGACAGUAGCACUCAUUCCAUGAUUUGCCAGAUAGGAUUAUGUGACGGCAAAUGAGCCAAAGCCACCCUUACAAAAUGUAAUAACUUCUGGGAAUCAGACAGAAGAACGAUGUAUGGCUGGAUUAAGAAAUAAUUUGCUUGAAAAGAAAACAAGGUGCUCCUGAUUGAGGGUUUUGGAUUUGAGCAUUGCUUAAAAAAAAAUAAAAAAGCCUGUUGAACUUGUACGUAAUGAGUUAAGAGACUUCUACGCUCCGAUGUGAUGAACUUUUUGGAUCAGUCCAUCGACGGAUGCCCUUGAACUUGUGCAUAUUGAAUUAUGAGACUCCUAUACCAUAAUGUGAAGCUCUUUUUGGAACCACUCUCAAAACAAAAAAUAUUUGUCCUGGGCAAUUCCAAAGAGACCACUGAUUUACUAAGCAAUGCACAGCUGUUCUAUAAAUUGUUCUGUCUCUUCCAUCUGCUAUUACAUGAGGAAGUGGAGUUGAUGAGUCUUUAUCUACCGGUACCAUAUGGAUUCACUGGCUAGGAACUACUUAGCUCUUGAGUCCAAAGGUUUGGAAUCGCUUUU